AUGGCCUGUGCAUCUCCAACUCUUCCAAACACAGUCUCAGAAAAUCCUCAAUCGUCCUUCUUAUUAAACUUGAUGGGGAAAAGGAUGGUUGUUAAAAUUGUCGAUGGUCGAAUUUUUGAUGGAUUAUUAAUGUGUACAGAUAAUUGUGGCAACAUUGCAAUGCGGGAUGUAAUAGAAUUUCAACCCAAGGACGAAGACAAUGCCGAAAUUAACACUAGAAAGCUAUAUUUAAUUACAAUCCGUGGGGAAUUCAUCAAACAGAUUUGUAUUGCAAAAAUGGACAAAGCAAAAUCAGAGUAUAACAUCCGUCUAAUUUUUGGAGUCGUGUCCCUGUAUUGGGUUGUCUCCAUUUCCCUUGUUUUUAUAAACAAAUGGCUGCUCAGCAAUUCCGAUACAUUGCUCGAUGCACCAAUGUUCGUCACUUGGUUCCAAUGCUUUAUCACAGUUCUGCUAUGUGUAAUUUUAGCAAAAAUCUCUAGUACCAUACCCGAUAAAUUUUCUUUCCCAAAUUUGGACUUUUCGUGGAAAACUUCUCUGACUGUUAUGCCUCUUAGUUGUGUCUUCUUUCUGAUGAUAUUUUUUAAUAACCUCUGUCUUAAGUACCUUGAUGUAGCAUUUUACUUUGUCGCUCGAUCACUUACAACGGUUUUCAAUGUGAUUCUUACCUACCUGAUUUUGCGCAAAACAACCUCAUUGAAGGCUAUAAUAUGCUGUGCUAUAAUUAUCGCAGGUUAUAUGGUCAGUGUUAUUCAAGAGAAUGGGCUAGGUACCCUGUCGCUGUCUGGUUUGUUCUAUGGUCUCUCUGCAAGUUUGGCUGUUUCGCUUUUCUCCAUUCUCACCUCAAAAGGACUAGCACUUGUGGAUGGAAGUGUUUGGCGUCUCACUUUCUAUAAUAAUUUAAACUCUUUCCUCCUCUUCAUAAUUGGCAUUGCAGUUUCUGGCGAAUGGAAGGAAUUACACUAUCUACCAACCACUUUCAGGUAUUAUUUUCAAUAUUAUAUGAAAACCAACAUGUUAUUUUGA